GUCUUCUUUAUAUCCUGUGCUGGGACAGACGUUCUUUUCAGUCCAGGACGCCAUUUUGUGUAAGGGAACGUCAGCACUAGGAGUAAGGGAAACGACACGAGCUUCUUCUGCAGGGCUGUAAGAAAAGUACAAAGUUAGCAUGCAGACCCAGGAAUAGCGUCUUGUCUUUGAAGUCACGACUGGAAGUGGUGGUGGACGACUUGUAGAAGCAGGGGAAAACUGAGGAACUAUAUCAUCGUCUUACCAUGGACAAGAAGAAGCCAAAGGGUUGGGACGACUCGUUCAUGUACACCCAUGUGGACCCGGACCUGCUGCAGGAGAGGGUGGCGCUGACGUCACUGGGGCUCGGAUUCGCCCGCAGCCGCGUGCACAACUCCAAGGACAGAGCAAAACGUAUCGAGAGACUGAAGGACCAGUUCGACAAUGACUACCUGACUCCCAGCUUCGCAUACGGCCGGACCGAGGAGCUCCACCCGGAGCGGCGGGCAGCCAGGAAGAGGAACGCCGACCGACAGACCAGGGUCGCCCCGGUGGACGACGACGGUCCCUUGAAGCCGAAGAGCUCGUUCGAGAAGAGGCUGGAGAGGUCCAACAACCUGGUGAGGACCACGCAGACUAACAUCCGGGGUAUGGAUGACGCAGCACGUGACCCUUACGUCAUGGGGAUUCAAAGUCGUAUGAGGGCUGCAAGGAGGCAAGAAGCUUUAUAUCAAGUUGACUAAACCGCCUCGAAGGAAGUGAAGAAACAAGCAAAGUUGAUGAACAAAAACAUUAUCAUUUAAUAGCAUGAGCAAGUGAGGAUGGGCUAUAUGGAGAAGGGAAAAUGAUACAUGUAUUAGCAAUGAUAUUGUUUGCAGCAUUAUUUGUAGUAAUGUCGAAUAUAUGAAUACUAGUAGUACAGAAAGAGAUAUACAGAAAAGUUCCGGACUUUCUGGACCUGACAGUUGAAAAAAUAAACUAAUGGGCUCGAGUAAA